AAUCAGCUGUUUGCAAACGUCAAUGGAAAUAAACAAAAAUAUUUGUGGCAACGAAUUACAAAAUUUAUAUUUUUCCUUAAUUUGUGUAUAUUUUUAAAUAAAAUUAGUGAAAUUUUGGUGGUGGUUUUAGUAAAAUGGGUUUUCCACGUAUAUUAAGUAAAAAUAAUAAGAUAUAUACGAAAUUGGGUGAGUUUUGCUUGUCGGGUGAUGCGAGCUUCUGGAUUGUUUGUCAAGUGUGCCAAGAGGAGCUACAGACACAAGAUCAAUUCUGGAAACAUAUACAAGAUGAGCACAAUUUCAUGCAUGGUUUGGGAUUUAAACAGGAACAAGCACGAAAUUAUAUGGAGCCUGAGGCGACCACAACACACAUUAUGCCUUUGCCAUUAUAUCGUAAAGUGAAUGAAGAAGAACUACGUGCCAGUGGUGCACUUGAGCAUGGUGGCGAUAAUUCACAAGAAAAACAAGAGCCAAAGGACUAUACAGAAAUGCGCGCCAUCGAACCGAAUGCCGUAGAAAUCGACAUAAAAGUCGAACCGCCUAGUAUAAGACAUGCGUUAGCAUUGGCACCACCACCGCCCGUACCGCAGACCGUACACUCCGUUGGUAAUGUUGCUGCUGGCGCCGUAACUGGUGUCGCACAUCAAAACGUUGAGGUAAGCACAGCUACGCCAGCCUUAUAUCAACUGCCACAAGUGACACCAGCAGCAAGUUCAUAUGGCACCACAAUUAUACAUAGUGCACCGACCCUAACACACACAAUGGGUAUGUCAAACGCAGCGGCAGCUGCGGCCUUGAUGUCCCAAGAAAUGCCAAAAGAAUCGAAUAGCACUACGGCGAGCGCCAGUAGUGCGAUGUCGUCAGAAGAUGGUGAACGCUGGUAUGUAUGCGAUUAUGAAACCUGCGGCCUAAAGUUCAAAUAUCAGUCACGUUUAGAGUUGCACCGGGCUGUGCACAGUAAAGAGCGACGUUUUGCGUGUGAGCUUUGCGGCGCCUCGUUCAAACAAUCGUGCAAUCUGUCGACGCAUCGUAAGAAAAAACAUUUUCUGAAAGGUUCAAAAGGACUAGUGCCGCAGCGUUUUUAAAAUGCAACGCAACAAAACUAAUUAUAAAUUGAUUUUUUUUUUUAAUUAGUACACUGUUUUUAUUAUUUCUAUACUUUUUUGCGUCAUUUGCAAAUGUAGUUGCAAUAUUACUUUUUAGUACCAAUAACAAAAACUAGUGUAGUUUAUAAGGAAAAAUAGCCUUUUAAAAAUACAAAAUAUUUCACUUUUAAAAGAAAUAAAGAAGUGAAGUUGAAAAAUAUAUUAUAUUUUUCCCAGAAAUUCGUGCAAGUUCAAGUUUAGUCUUAAGAAAAAAUGUUUUUUUUUCUCUUUAGUGUUAAGACAUUUCUUUUGAAAUACAUAUUUACAAAAAUAUAUAUAUACUUUUUCUAUACUGUAUAUGUAAAUAACAUUUUACAUUAUUAAGUGCAUAUGCAUGAAGUAUUGUAAAAUGUGAAUGUUUGGUUGUUCAAAGAUCAAACGCGAUGGUACAAUUAAUAUGUUUUUAAGAUUUUAGUGGAUAAUAAAUUCUUUUUGCCCCGAUUAAGUACAAAAAUAAAA